GGUAUCCAUACUUUGUCACAUGACAGUUUACGGGUGUGAUCCAUUAGAUAUCUUGAGUUAUUCAAUAAAUUUAUAUUUAUUCAUUGAAAUAUUUAUGUUUAAGGUAUUCAGUAAAUAAAAAUUCAAUUUAUUAACAUAGUACUUUAGGGAAAUAUAAGAACCUAAUCAUUUAAUAACAUGGCGACUAAAAUGCGAUAUAUCUUAGGAUACACAUUUGCAGGAACAACCACAGCAACUAUUACUGCACUAGUUUUAUAUCAUGUUUUCACUGGAAAAGGUGAAAGAGUGAGCUUUGCUUGGUUCUUGGAAAAUACAUCUCCGUACAUGUGGGCAACUUUAGGCAUUGGUCUUUCAGUUGCUCUGUCAGUAGUGGGUGCAGCUUUAGGCAUCCAUACAACUGGAACGUCCAUUGUUGGUGGAGGUGUCAAAGCUCCAAGAAUUAAAACUAAAAAUUUGAUAUCAAUUAUUUUCUGUGAAGCAGUAGCCAUUUAUGGAUUAAUCACUGCUAUUGUUCUCUCUGGUCAUACAUCUCAAUUCACGUGGUCUAUUUCUAUGGAGAAUAUCAAUCUUAAAGUCACUAAUUGGAUGGCGGGAUAUACUAUUUUUGGAGCUGGUCUAGCUGUUGGUUUAGUCAAUUUAUUCUGCGGUAUUGCUGUCGGAAUUGUAGGCUCUGGUGCAGCUCUGGCUGAUGCUGCUAAUUCUGCCUUAUUCGUUAAAGUUUUGAUUGUUGAAAUCUUUGGAUCUGCCAUCGGUCUCUUUGGAUUGAUUGUUGGGAUUUAUAUGACUUCUGUCGUGAAAAUGGGUGAUAAGUAUGUCUGAGGUAGGCGUUGGAAAUGGUUAAACUUUUAGCUGUAAUCGUAAAAUAAAGUUUAAUUAUUCUACUUAUUAUUCUCAAUGAGAAGAAAAAAUGAGUAUCCAUUUUCUGUCAUUAUCACCAAUGUAAUAAGAGUUUAUUGAAGUUUUGGUAGUUCCUUUCUGUGGAAUGUAAGUAUGCGGAAAUAUAUUUAUGAAUCAUACGAUAAUCAUGAACUUUCUGGUGAAAUUUUUUAUCCAUUUUAUUUUGUUGUCAUUUAAUAUGUGAUGUUAUUCUUUAUUAUGAGUAUGAAAUUGAAUUUUUAUCGUUUUAAUAAUAUUUACAGUAACAAUUGUUAAUAUUUUUAUUAAAAAAAUUCAUUAUACAACUCUACACUUUUUUUUAUCACUCGGACAAAAAAAAAUAGAUUUUAUUAUUCAUAUUAAACAGGCAUUAAAAUUCCCAAAGACAAAUUAUAAGUAUGUUAAAAUAGAUAUAUACGUAAAACAUUCAAUAAAUAAGCAAAGUAUAUAUGUAAAUAUUUAUAAGAAAGUGUAAAUAUUAUCUGUUUCAUUUUAAGUUGCCAAUUAUUGGUACUCAAUAAUUCAUAAUUAUGAAAAAUACUUGCACAAUAGCCCAUUCCUUUAGCUAUUAUUUUAUUCCUAAUUUAAGAAUAAAAUAAUUCAUCAUGAUUUAUCAAUAAUUUCAUUAUUAAGAGUCAUGUGAAAUAAUACUACUCUUAAUUAUUUCUAUUACUGUUGACAAUGAUCAGUGAUAGCAGCAAUAAAUAUAAUUAUUGAUAAAACUAUAUUGUAUCAAAACCAUAAUAGGUAUAAAAAAUAUAGUUGAUGUAUAUUAAGCGAUAUGUAUUGGUAGGAAGCACUGAUAUUUCAAAGUAAAAAGAUUCAUUUACUUUUUAAAAUUCUGCGAAUAUCUUCAAAUGCUGAUUUCAGGAAUGAAACGUAUUCUGUUGCAUCUCGAUGUUGUCGAUAGCUUGUUACUACUGAGCCUAAUUUAUGAUCUUGAAUCAUAUAUCUGUAAAAAAAGAUAAGUAAUAAAUGUUAUAAUGUAUAUUA